AUGGCUGCCAUACUCGGUGAAAAUUGUUCUGGUCAGUACCACUAUAGCCAGGCCACCCAACCUCUGGAGAUGAGCUGCAUGUUGCUCCUGAUUAUGUUUGGGAAAGUGACCCUUGAUUUCUUCAUGUUACAAGUUAAGCAAAAAAAUGUGAAAGUCAGUUUUAUGGGAUACUUCUGUGUCUCGCUGGCGCUUCUUGAUUUUGCAUUGCUGAUGAGUAUAUUUUUCAUUUUCUGUUUUGAGGACUUUGCACUCUGGGGCGUGCGGUUUACAAAAUACCACAUCUGCCUGUUCACUCAGAUAAUUUCUCUUACAUACGGUGUUCUGCAUUACCCGGUCUAUCUCGUGGCCAGUCUGGAUUAUUACAUGACUAUAGCCCAAACCUCUCACUUUCCUAAAAGCGGUACAAGAUUACUUUAUGUAUUUGCUGUGGUUGUAAUAUGGAUUUCAGGGUUUUCUUGCAUUCUGAAAGUGCCUGCUGUCUUUGACGAGCUAGAAAUACAGAAUAAUUUUUCUCCUUAUCAGUGUCCUCUCUACACCAGCGUGCAGAGCUACUCGGUCUCGUGUGCCGUGGUGCUGCUCACAGGCGCAGCUCUGCUGGCGUGUCGGAGGGAAGUGAUAACCAUGCUGCUGUCCGUUAGGGUCGUUUCCUUUGCCAGUCAGCCUGUUCUGAUGUUCUCCGACGUGCCUUACAACAACGGCACUUGCUUUAAGCGGCAGCUCCUGACCAGACUCCUCAUCUGUUUUCUUGGCACUUGGGCACCUUUUGUUCUUCUUCAAAUCAUCGUUUCGUUUCUGGGCCCUCGGAUUCCAGCCUACAUGGAGAUGAACGUCCCAUGGCUGUACUUCAUCAACAGCUUUCUCAUCGCUGUAGCGUACUGGUGUCGAUGUCACGACGUUGAGGUGACAGAGGAGACGUGGUCGACGGAUCCGUUCGUCAGCUGGCAAUUCUGCUUUGUGCCAUUUAACAGUGAAAACACAGAGCCAGCUGAUAAACCGGGCACAGUAACUGUGAUCUGUUAA